AUGAUCCCAGAUCACAUGUUCGAGGAUGGCAUCAACAAUUCGCUUCUCCGACGCGAUAUGCGCCACAUACAGCAGUCGAAAACUGUCUGUGAGAAAUCCCUGAGGGACUAUGAGCAAGAGCAGCGCGACCUCCUCUCCUCCCAAGAUGGCGACACGUGCGAGAUCCACGACCAGUUCUACCGCGACCACAAGCUGCUGCUCGUGCUGUUCCGCGCGCUCGCCGUCAUGCCCAUCACGCGGUCCAGUCCAGGCACAAUAACAUUCAGCUGGAGAUCCUCAGCCACAAUCUACGCGGUCUGCUUCUACAUCGCAGCAACAGCCGUGGUGCUAACCGUCGGCUAUGAACGCAUCAUGAUUCUACGUUCCAUCCGUCGGUUCGACGACUACAUCUACGCCAUAUUGUUUGUGGUGUUCUUAGUUCCUCACUUCUGGAUCCCGUUCGUGGGCUGGGGCGUCGCUCAUCAGGUCGCCAUUUAUAAGACGAAUUGGGGCAAGUUUCAGGUCCGCUACUACCGAGUGACAGGCGAGAACCUCAAGUUCCCGAACCUUCGCACCCUCAUUGUGGUCAUCAGCGUGGGCUGCCUGCUGCUGGCCGUCUGCUUCCUGCUCAGCCUCUGCGCACUGCUCGACGGGUUCCUGCUGCGCCACACGGCUGCCUACUACCAUAUCAUCACGAUGAUCAACAUGAACUGCGCGCUGUGGUACAUCAAUUGUAAGGGGGUGAAGAUUGCGUCGCAGAGUUUAGCGGAGUGCUUUCGAAGGGACGUGGACGCGGAGUGCUCGGCGGGGCUCAUCUCCCGGUACCGCUACCUGUGGCUCAACCUGUCCGAGCUGCUGCAGCUGCUGGGGAACGCCUACGCGAGGACCUACUCCACCUACUGCCUGUUCAUGUUCGCGAACAUAACGAUCGCGAUCUACGGCGCGCUCUCGGAGAUCGUGGACCACGGCUUCGGCUUCAGCUUCAAGGAGGUGGGGCUGUUCGUGGACGCCGCCUACUGCUCCACGCUGCUCUUCAUCUUCGCCGACUGCUCGCACAAGUCCACGCUCAUGGUGGCGGCCGGUGUCCAGGAAACACUAUUGUCCAUCGACGUUAUUUCUGUCGAUCGUGCCACGCAGAAAGAGAUAGACCACUUCAUCCAAGCAAUAGAGAUGAACCCGGCCGUCGUCAGCCUGAAGGGAUACGCCAACAUCAACCGCGAACUGCUCACCUCGGCCAUAGCCAUGAUCGCCAUCUACCUGAUUGUGCUGCUUCAGUUCAAGAUCUCUCUGCCCAAGGACCCUCAAGUCAACUAGACCCGCGGUAGUUCAGUGAUUUUCCUAAUAUUUUGAUCUUAUUUACGAUAGACCGAGGCGAAAUAGACACUGUAUUGCCUACUUUUUGUUUUGUUUCUUGAGAAACUACUUACUGAAAUUUUGUUUUAUAAU